AUGGAGUUUCAUAACUCGUCCAGUAGCUUUUCGAAGCGGCGCUCUUACCCCAACCUUAAUCAUGUUUCCCUUGCUCCACUUACACCGCGGUUUCCCAUUGACGAUGACGACCUAGAGUCAGAGGACUACUUCGGCCAAACGCUUCAUGACGACCAAAAUAGUGCGACGAGGACUUCCUACCUGUCUAGCCUCUCAGUCCCAAGCACACCACCCAUCUUGUCGCACUCGCGAAGCACUUCCAGAACCCGCCACCACGCUCGAAGCAAGAGCUCAACACGCGCCGCACCCUCAAGCGAUACGAACCUGCAAAGCCAUAAUGUGAGCUUCCCCCUGCAUCACACACAAACGGCUUUCCCCCAGAAAAAAUAUCUCCAUUCCCGUCACGGACACCUCCCAGCAGCCACCAAAUCGGACACAGAAUGGAUGCUCCGCGCUGGAAUAGCCCUGGCAUCGUCCACCCGCGAAGAAAAAGGUCAGAGCUGGCUGUCCAAGCGCGAAAGUUCCACAAGCCUCGUCUCAACACCCCCCAAUGACCCCACCGCCUCAAUCCAUGACCGCCACCACCAGCGCGCCAAGUCCGGCGCCUCAGCCCGCAAAUCGCGCUCCGGCGCCUCCACGCCUGCAGCUCUCUCCCGCCGCACCUCUCGCUCAAGAGGCCAAAGUCGGCGUGGCAGUCGUGUUGGUCUCACAAUGACGACCAUCCCGCCUCUUUCUUCCACUACGGCGGGGAAGGCGUCCAGCCCUGGCACUGGCGCGUCGAGUCCAGCCGAGUCUCGGGGAAGACCACAUGGUCUUAUCCCAGACUUCGUGGACGAGCGGAUAAGAGCAGAAAUGGCCGCGCUGCAGCGAGAGCGGGCAUUAUCCGACGAAGGAUCGGCAGACUACGGUGUGGAGGACGAGGAGUCGGAUUCCGAUGUGUAUUCGGACGACACACCCGACGACUUCGAUGAAGCCGAUCUACAGAGGCUUACGCGGGAACGGGGGUUCGGGCUGGGGACUUGGCUCGAUCGUCUGGUUGAAUGGACACUUUUUGGUGUCGACGAGCUGCCGGUGGCUGUCUCGACUCCUGCUGCAGAUACGCGGAUUGGAGCUGCGGCUACGACUACCACUGUAACAUUUGAGCAACCGGGCCUUGUGGGCGCGCAGAAGAAUGAGACAUCGUCAUUGGCUUCUGAAGACGGGCGCUCCAUGCAUGAUGAGGCGGACGCUCUGUCGCAAACAGACGGCGAGUCGGUUGUCGCGAUCGAGAAGCCGGGUUCUUUGGGUGGCUGGGAAGAUGCUAGUUGGUUAUUCCAGGUUGUGAAACGUGCGCUCAUCUGA